UUGAUUUUCAGUUGUUCGAUUGUCGGUUGUUUGCGUCUCUUCUUGAACUUAGAAAUGAUAAAUUUAAUGGCAUGACAUUCUUUCAAGAAAACAUUUUUAAUUUUUCGGCAUGAAGACAAGGCAUUCACUUUAUGGUUUACCCAAUUGACGAUUUAACAGAAUUUGGAAACUGCCAAUAAGUAUAAUAAGUAGGAACUAAUCUCAACAAUCCAAAAGUUGACGUUCGUAUAUUUGAAAAAAAAGGAAUAAAUUUUUGUGAUAGAGACUGCAUGUGAAGUUCGUUUAGAAGAUAAUAACUUAGCGAUGGCUCGUCCAGUUGAUGGGAAGAGAGAAGAGUUCAGGAAGUAUUUGGAAAAAACGGGCGUAAUAGAUGCCUUAACAAAAGUGUUGGUCUCCCUUUACGAAGAGGAAUCAAAACCAGAUGAUGCACUUAGCUACAUCCUGAAGAGCCUGUGCGACUCGUCGGCGGUGAAGGCGGAGGUGGACGGGCUGAAGGCCCAGCUGGCGGAGAGCGCGGCCAAGAACAAGGAGCUGAGGGUGGAGAUAGCCAAGCUGAAGGGCGAGGAGCCGCCCGCGGACGACGAGCCGGCUCCCGCCGAGGCUCCCGCCGAGGCCCCCGCGGAGGCCCCCGCCGACGGUGAGGCCCCCGCGGAGCCCCCCGCCGACGCACCGCCCGAGGAGGCACCGGCCGCCGAAGAACCCCCGGCCGAAUAGCCUGCGCACUAGACUCUUUCCUUCCAAGAUGCUCAUCCCAAAUUUGUUUGCAAAUCUGGCUGCUACUACUUACAUAGAAUAAUGAACACGUGUGAAAUAACACUCAAUAUAAUGGCGGAUGCAAGUGAUCCUAAAUAAAGAGGUUGUGUUUUAUAUUUUAAUAACAUCAGAUGUGUGAAGAAUUUUGCUGGCAAAAUUAUAAUUUUAUGUUCCUAAUUUGAUUAGCGAAAACUAUCUGUAAAAUAGUGUGUUUGUAAGGAAAGAGUAAUUUAUUGAACUCUUCUGUUUUCAUUCUCCGGUGCAUAAAAAAAAGUUAAACCAUUUUGUUUGUGUGGUUAUUGUUUUUUAUUUGUGUUCUUUGAUAGUAAUGUAAAUAUUUAUUCAAUAUUGUGCCUUCAUUACCCAAAGAUAAGAAAAAUAGUAUUAGAAGAUAUAGAAUAGAAAAGAUUGAAGUGUUAUUUUGUAAAAUUAUUUAAUAUUUAUACAAAGAGAACUUGUUACUUAACUGUAGUUACAACAUUAAUAUUUGAAAAGAGUGGACACUCUUUAGUUGUGUGACUUGAUAUUUAAAGUAAGUUUUGACAUUGAAAUAGGCAAAAAUGGCUUAAUUUUAAUUGAAACUUUUAAUAUUCUAAAUGAGUACUUAUUAAUGUGUCCAUUGUGCACAAAAUAAUUUUUAGAUAUAUCAACCUGUUUAAAAAAUGUUUUUGUUUAAUCUUGCCCAGUUUUACUUUAUAGGUGCUAGUUGAAGAGGAUUGUAAUUUAGGUGCAAUAAAUUUGUUUGUUGAUUUCUGA